GAGGAGCUGCUCAACGGGCUCACGCACGGCCUCGGCAUCAUCUUCGCGUUCUUCGGGGGGCUCAUGAUGAUGCGGCGCGCGAACGCGACGAACGACAUGGCGACGGUGCUGGGCUGCGGCGUCUUCUGCAUCGCCAUGAACGCGCUCUACCUCAUCUCGACGCUCUACCACUCGCUCCACAAGUUCAACCGCGUCGGCUCCGUCUUCGCGGCGCUGGACCACGCGGCGAUCUACGUGCUCAUCGCGGGCACGUACACGCCCUUCGUGACCAUCACGCUGCGGUCCUCGGCGACGGCCUUCUGGAUCCUGGCGGCGGAGUGGGCCGCGACGUGCAACGGCGUCUACCUCUGCGUCUACACGCCGCUCUGGUCCGAGGCGAACCAGCGGCGCGUCAAGACCUUCGAGCUCGUCCUCUACGUGGCCAUGGGCUGGCUCGUGACCAUCGUCAAGGACGACCUCGCCGCGGCGCUCGACCCGCGGGGCGUGCGGCUCGUCGUCUACGGCGGCCUCUUCUACACGGGCGGCAUCGUCUUCUUCUCCACGGCGAACACGUGCGAGACGCGCUACGUGCUCCACGCGCUCUGGCACCUGUGCGUCCUGGCGGCGACGAUCUGCCACUUCUUCGCCAUCUUCUACUACGUGCUGCCCGAG